GAGCUCCUCACUUGGCUCUCUCCCUCCGUCGGGGAAGCAUGGGGCUGCCCAGGCUGGUCUGCGCCUUCUUGCUCGCCGCCUGCUGCUGCUGUCGCCGCGCUAUGGGUGUGCCAGGAGAGGAAAAACAGCCUGCACCCACACCAGAACCAGUGGAGGUGGAAGUGGGCGGCACAGCCCUUCUCAAGUGUGGCCCCUCGCAUUCCUCUGGCAACUUCAGCCAUGUGGACUGGUUUUUGAUUCACAAGGAGAGGCAGAUACCCAUUUUCCGUGUGCGCCAGGGCCAGGGCCAGAGUGAACCCGGGGAAUAUGAGCACCGCCUUAGCCUCCAGGACUCAGGGGCUACUCUGGCCCUGAGUCAAGUCACUCCCCACGAUGAGCGGAUGUUCCUGUGUAAGAGCAAGCGGCCACGGCUCCCGGAUCACUACACUGAGCUUCAAGUCUUCAAAGCUCCAGAAGAGCCGACCAUCCAGGCCAAUGUCGUGGGCAUCCACGUGGACAGGCAAGAGCUUAGGGAGGUUGCUACCUGUGUGGGGAGGAAUGGGUACCCCAUUCCUCAAGUCAUCUGGUACAAGAAUGGUCGGCCCCUGCAAGAGGAGGAGAACCGUGUUCAGAUCCAGUCAUCCCAGAUUGUGGAGUCCAGUGGCUUGUACACCCUGCAGAGUGUUCUGAACGCACAGCUAGUCAAGGAAGACAAAGAUGCCCGGUUUUACUGCGAACUCAGCUACCGGCUCCCCAGUGGGAACCGCAUGAAGGAGUCUAAGGAGGUCACUGUCCCGGUCUUCUACCCUGCAGAAAAAGUGUGGGUGGAGGUAGAGCCCAUGGGACUGCUGAAGGAAGGAGAUCAUGUGAAAAUCCGAUGUCUGACUGACGGCAACCCUCAACCCCACUUCACUAUCAACAAGCAGAACUCCAGCACUGGGGAGAUGGAGGAGGAGGCCACUGAUGAAAAUGGUAUCCUCUUCCUGGAGCCCGCCCAGAAGCAACACAGUGGGCUCUACCAGUGUCAGAGCCUGGACCUGGAAACUAUGGUCCCCCUAUCAAGUGACCCCCAGGAGCUGCUAGUGAACUAUGUGUCUGAUGUCCGAGUGAAUCCAGCCGCCCCUGAAGCCCAGGAAGGCGACAGCCUCACACUGACCUGCGAGGCAGAGAGUAACCAGGACCUUGAGUUCGAGUGGCUGAGAGACAAGACAGGCCAGCGACUGGGAAAGGGACCUGUUCUCCAGCUAAACAACUUGAAACGGGAAGCAGGGGGCCGUUACCUCUGCAUGGCAUCCGUUCCUAAUGUUCCUGGCUUGAACCGUACACAGCUGGUCAGCGUGGGCAUUUUUGGGCCCCCGUGGAUGGCAUUAAAGGAGAGGAAGGUGUGGGCACACGAGAACGCAGCCCUGAACCUAUCUUGUGAGGCUUCAGGACAUCCUCAGCCCACCAUCUCCUGGAAUGUCAAUGGCUCGGCAGCUGAAUGGAACCCAGAUCCACAGACAGUAGUGAGCACCCUGAAUGUCCUUGUGACCCCAGAGCUGCUGGAGACAGGUGCAAAAUGUACAGCCUCCAACUCCCUGGGCUCAAAUUCCACCAUCAUCAUCCUCAAGCUGGUCACUUUAACCACCCUCACACCUGACUUCAGCCAAACCACUGGCCUCAGCACCUCCACAGUUAGUCCUCACACAAGAGCCAACAGCACCUCCACAGAGAAAAAGCUGCCGCCGCCAGAGAGCAAAGGUGUGGUCAUUGUGGCUGUGAUCGUGUGUAUCUUGGUCCUUGCUGUACUGGGCGCUACCCUCUAUUUCUUCUACAAGAAGGGCAAACUGCCGUGUGGACGCUCAGGAAAACAAGAGAUGUUGCCAACCUCUCACCUCCCUCCUCCCAGCACGCUGCCCCCGACUCGUAAGAGUGAAUUUGUAGUUGAAGUUAAGUCAGAUAAGCUCCCAGAAGAGAUGGCUCUCCUACAGGGCGGCAGCGGUGACAAGAGGGCUCCAGGAGACCAGGGAGAGAAAUACAUCGAUCUGAGGCAUUAGCUGACUCACCAAAGUUUCCUGCUCCCUGCUCAGUCUUCACCCCAAGCUAAAGCCUCCAGAGGGACAGCAGGGAAGACCCCUACUCAGGUCCCCUACAGACCAGGUCCAGAGAGCCAAGAGUUGGGACAAGAGCCAUUUGGAGGAUCUCAUUUGACCAGGAGGCCUGGUUUUGGAGACCCAAGUCCUCCUUUGUGUCCACUGAGUGAUGCUUAUCCCAAGUGACUGGGGGCCUCAGUCUCCCAGGAGUGGGGAGGGUUGUUUUAUUUUUUUUUCAUUUUUCGAGACAGGGUUUCUCUGUGUAGCUU